AUGAUCGGGCGAUCCGGGUUAUUUACUGAUAUCAUGUGUCCAUAUGAUGAUGAUUGUUCCAGGCCACAUUGUCAUUUUUGGCAUACGAAAGAUGAUGUAUCGCAGCAGCAGGAAUCUUCAUUAUCUUUUUUAUCUCUACCUCAUGAACAACCUUUUGUUGGCUAUGUUGGUUAUGUGGAAAUGCAAGCAGCUGCUCCAGUCUACUAUCAAUCAAUUUAUGCUCCUUUAGAUCCAGUUAUAUGUAGCCGGACUUCGUCAAAAUCGAUCACACAAGAUAGUGCAUCUCAUUUAAAUUCUGAUGUUAUUUACAUCCCAACAAAAAUUGCUCCAUCAACGCAUAAAAGAACACCUUCACCAGAAAUUACGAAACCAAAAAUGCCAGUAGAAUUGCCUGUAAAUGAAAUAUUAGAUCCCUCUAAUGACAAACCGAAAACCUAUAUAGUGCCGUCGACCAGUGGUUCAAGUUUAGUCGAAAACACUAAAUAUUCUGAAAUGAGUUUGAAUGAUUAUGCAAAAUCAGUGGCUGAUAUUGACACAAGAAUUGAAAAGCUACAACGUAAAAUUGAAAUCGAACGCAAACAGAAAGAAAAAAUUGUUCACGAUAUUAGAGCAUUAGUGAAGCCUGGAGCAGUCAGUUCAUCUGCAAGAAAACAAUCAGUGAGUAGUAUUAUGCAUUUUAUAGUAGCUUCUAUAAUGCUAAGACCAUGUGAAGUAGUGUUGGCAUAA